CUAUUAAUAAGGAGCCGUUUAUAUAAUGUUCUUCCACUUAAACUAACUGUCUAUUGCGACUAAUUGAUUAGAUUAGCUUCUUAAUCACUGCUUGUUAAACUGGUCAGUUUGCUCUUCUAAACCAUCUUAUCAAUAGUUAUCAGGUGCGAACAAGUGAACUGAGAUUAUCUCUCAGACAACACAAUACCAUUAAAGGAAAAUCCUUCAACACCCUUUAUAAAGGAAGGAUUUAAGGAUUUAACUGUAAUUGUUCAUGGUUCCAAUAGGAGGUGUUAGUAUGGCUCUAGAAAUUUUUUAUUUGCAAUAAUAAAAUAUUCUUAGUGUUUUUUGACAACAUUUCAAGCCACCUGAUUAUUAUUCAAUAGACCAAUUAUUUCAUUAGACCAAUGUCUCAACAUGAGGGUGUUAGCUGUGAUGCGUGCCUUAAAAGUGAUUUCCGUGGUAGACGUUACAAGUGUUUAACCUGUCCAAAUUAUGAUCUUUGCUCCAAUUGUUAUGAAUCUGGUGUUAGAUCUACUAGACAUACACCUGAUCAUCCAAUGCAGUGUAUCCUAACUCGAUCUGAUUAUGAUAUAUUUUAUGGCGGUGAAACGUUUAAUACAGAUCAACCUUAUUCUUUGACCUGUCCCUUCUGUGGUCGCAUGGGUUUCACCGAAGUAACUCUACAUGAGCAUGUAGUAGCUGAGCAUUCGGAAGGACCUCAGGAAGUGAUUUGUCCAAUAUGUGCUUCAUUACCUGACUGUGAACCAAAUCACGUUACUGAUGACUUUGCUACUCACUUAGCUCUGGAACACCGUCAUUUACGUGAAUGGGAUGAUCCACAAACAGCAAUGCGUGGGAGACGUGCCCCUCAUCCAACUCGCGGUGUGUCGAGUAAUAGACCUAGACGAUCACAAAUGCAAUUUAGCUCAGCUCCAGGAUUAUCUACGUUUUCUGGCAGUAGCAGGGAGUCUAUGGAUCCAAUUGCUGAAUUAUUAUCUCAAUUAUCUGGAGUUAGAAGAGCCGCUAAUUUAGGCCAAUCUCAUUCUAAUCAACUUCAACAACUUCAGAUGCAAUUACAACUCGAGAGAAAUUCUGGCGUUGGUAAUGGAGGAAAUAUAUCCAGUGGCAUUGUUGGUGCAAGUGGAAGUGGCUCUGGUAGUGGGUCCAGUAGUGGCAUAAAUAUCAAUAGUAGUGGUCUAUCCGCUAGUCAAAGACAAUCCGCUAGCAGAUCAAUUAUGUCCCGAAGGCAUCAACAAGCUUCUUCGUCAACACCAGUCUCUGGUUCGACUCAGCCAUCGUCAAACAAUUAUGCAUACAAAUCUUUAGCUAAUGGCUCAAGUCAACAGCCUCUUUCUUCUUAUUUAGUUGCAUGGGAGCCACCGAGCUCCUCCGGUGUAUCGACAAUUGGGAAUGUAACCCUUAAUCAACCUCAUCAUUAUGGUUCCUCAUCGUCGUUUGGAAAUAACCUUUUAAUCGCUUCAUCCGAAGCAACACCUUCUACAUCAACUGCAACUCUAACAAGUCAAAAUUUAGUCAAUACAUGUACCCAACCAAUUCUCUCUGUGAAUGAGCAAGAAGCUUUAGAUAUCGAACGAGCUGAACGAAGUUUAUUCGUUCAAGAAUUAUUACUCAAUACAUUAAUAGAGGGAUCUUCUGUUAACUCGGAGUCUGAGAGAAGAGAAGAUUCUAUCGAUGAUCAAGUUGAAUCAAAUGAAAAUAUUUCACUCGUUUCUAAACUUAAAAAUUUGUUAUCAUUUGAUCUUGAUAAUUUUUAAUGAUAAAGUAUCUCCUGUAAACGUUUUAAUGUCACAAGAAAUCAAUUAAGUUUUUUGCCUAACUGGAUUACAAUGUUAUUAAAACAUGCACUUCCGCGUGACAUAACGCUAAAAACAUGUUAAUAUAUUGAGUCAUCGAAA